AUGAAGCAACAGCCUCCGCAGCGUCUCCCUCUGGAUAUCUCGAAAAUCCCGAAGCUUGACAUCAAGCAAGCGGGCCAUUUGCGCCACUACCACAAUCUUGCCUGGCAGCUAGACGGUGAAUGGCGCCAUAUGGGGACGCAGGAGCCUGCCCAGGAGUUCCUCGAUGCGUACAGAUAUCAAAUAUCCGCCAUGGCUUAUGGUGCUGGAGUAGCACAUUUUCAUCGCCUCCCAGCGUUGCGAAGCGUCUUCAAGCCUCUUCUACGUCGUUUGAUACAUAAAAUGCUCCGGCGCGAGGUGUGGGGCUACUGGUUCAACACAAGUCAUUCCGGAAAUAAAACCGAUCCUGAUCGAGAGGAGCUGAGGAAGCCCUGGGCUGACCCUGUCGUGCGCGAAAACAUCAUGUAUAGUGGACAUCUGCUGCUGAUGACGAGCCUGUAUGCCAUGCUAUUCGACGACGACGAGUUUGAGAAGCCCUUGUCUCUGACGUUCCGUUGGGACCCACUAUUCUGGGGACUCGGUACGGAGGUAUUUUCGUAUGAUAACCGCAGCUUACAGGCGGCGAUAAUCUCAGAAAUGGAGAAGAACAAAUGGAUUGGGGUCUGUUGCGAGCCCAACCUGGUCUUCGUUGUCUGCAAUCAGUUUCCGUUGGUAGGCAUGCGAUACAACGAUGUCAGAGACGGCACGAAUGUUGUUGGAGACGUUCUUGAGAAAUAUAAAAAGGCAUGGGAACUGAAGCAGAUGGUUGCGUCGAAUGGCUUGUACGUGGAUUGGUGGUAUGUGAAUCAGGAUAGGCCUGAGAUUCCAAAGCAAGUGGGCUUUACUGCCGGCGCAAAUGCUUUUAUGAAUACCUGGAACCCCAAGUUAGUAAGAUCUGCCUUUGAAAGACAGGCAUUCGGUUACAUAACCAAUUUCGACGGAGAUGUACGUCUCAACUCGCCCACGUUAGCGAAUGUCUACAGAGAGAUCGCUGGGGACGAUGCAGGAGAUAAGGCACUGCUUUUAAAGGCACUUGAGAUCGCGAAGACAAUCCCACCCCCUAAGUUUCCUUUCUCCCUUCCAACUUUUGGUUACGUUGUCGAGUGGUUGUCAGAGCUCGGCAAGUCUAUUGAAUUGGAAGGCUUACUAGAAUACGCGGAUACGAAUUUGAAUCCCACCUGGGAAAAUGGCGGAUUGUUUUACCCGCGCAACGACCAGGCUAUAGAUGAAUCUCACCGAUGGAGGCACAUGGACCGGUUUACUGGGAAUGCUGCUAUUGGAUAUGCCAGACUGAAUGUCAACGACGGCCAGAAAAUCAUGUGGGAUAGACCAUGGACGCGGGAUAUCCUGGCUAAGCGUCCAUGGAUCGACGGUGUUGAUCUGUCACAAGGUGUUGACUUUCUCCGGGGACAGUGGGACUCAGAUGAAAGUGCUUUAAUACUUACUAUGAAGACCUGGGAUAGCUCCGUGGUUGAGGUGGAACCAACAGCUCGCAAUCUAGAAGAAGGAACUUGGGCAGUUUAUAUUGCGGGAGAACUGCAGAAGUGUGUGGAGGUAACCGACACUAACAGCUUCACAUUUCCUGUACCUGUCCGGGGGGAUGAAGUUGAUGUUGUUAUAAUAAAGGUACAAUAA